AUGGAUCAAGAGAAUACGAAGAGAAAAUUGGAAAUACAAUCAAUAUCAGAUAUACUCGAAAAGCGCGGAUGGAUUCGAACAAAAGAUCGAAAUUAUACUCGGUUUACGAUAAAAUGGUGUUUAGAACGAAAUGUUGAUUGGAGUAAAUUUGAAGCAGGCGAACAACUAGUGAAUAAUAUUCCGGGUCAAAUCUAUUUUUCAGACAAAGUCAAUUUGUGGUAUACAAUUCAAGAAUAUGUUAUCAAUCGACGACAAAAAGAGGGUGAAAUACAUAUUUAUAGUUUUUUACCUGUGACAUUCGUUCUGGAUAAUGAAAAUGAAGUUAAUGAAUUUCUUCGAAUAUAUAAAAAACACAAUCGAACUUGGAUAUGCAAACCACGUUAUAGUUAUGCUGGACGGGGAAUUUAUGUCAUUACAGUAAAUUCUGACCUCAAUUCAAUAUUCAAGUUGAAAGUGGGAAUAGGAAAUCGUUUGCAAUAUCAACCAAAACUUCCAGGUUAUCUUAUGCAAGAGCAAGUAUCUAUCAUUGACAGAUAUAUUGCUCGGCCACUUUUAAUCAAAGGCAAGAAAUUCGAUAUCCGCGUUCAUUUUCUUAUUGCAUGGGCUAAACCGUUGUUGGUAUUUUAUAAUCAUAUUGCGUCUGUUGUAAGAUUAUCACUCAAUUUAUAUCGAGAAUUUGAUUUUGAUCGUGCAACACAUUUAACAAAUUUGUCCGUUCAAGAAAAUCAUUAUCGAUAUGCAUUUUCACAAGAAAAUACGGGAAUGACAAUGACACAAUUAAAUCAUUAUUUUAAUCAAUGUUUUCGACCGUUUAACCCUAACAUGUGUGAAGACUGGGUAAUGAAAGUCAUGCAGAUAAGAAUGCAAUCGAUUAUUCGUCAUGUUAUUCGUGCUAGUAGACAUAGAUUAACUUGUACACCGGGUUUUUUUGGCAUCUAUGGUUGUGAUUUUCUUUUGGAUGAAAAUUUUCGAAUUUGGUUGUUGGAAAUUAAUGAUAAUCCAGGUGUAGGAUGGGGUAAUACACGAGUAAAUACCACAACAAAACCACUCUUUGAAGAAACAUUAGAUAUUGUAUGGGAAUGUUUUCAGAAAAAUAAAAGUGGAAAACCAUUAUUACCGAUAGAAUGUUUAAAAAAUUAUCAUCUUAUUUAUAAUGACGAUGACGAUAAUGUAUCACUUAUUCCGGAUGAAAAUCACAGUUUUAUUCAACGUUCACCAACUGUAUCGCGUUAUACCAUAAGAGACAACAAUAAUACACGUUUAAGUCGUUCACGUGUCAAAACAGCAGCUACAAUAAUACCAGCACGAACUAGUGAAAGUCAAGAUGGAUUAUCAUCUCAAAAGGAUCCACUUCGAAAUUUAGCAAAUGCUAAUAUUGAAUCAUUAAAACAUGACGAUGAUAUUGAACUUGAACGUUUACAAACAAAUAUUAAAACAAAACAAUCUAUCAAACUUCCAAAUCGUUCACAAAUGAUGUUGAAAAAUAAUACUAAACGGCCAAUAUCUGUUAGUAACUCGUUUAUCAUUCGAAAAAAACGUGAAAUUACAGUAUCUCCAACAUUUUCAAUAAAAAAAAAACAUUCACAGCGAAAUAGCAUUCCCUCUAUGAGUAUGAUACAGCGACAACAGCCAACUCCCAAAAAUAAUAAAAUACCAUUAAAAAAUGAUGAUAUUAGUCCUAAAAGUUCAUCGGACGUAACAGAAAUAGCAACAAAUCUUACACCAACUGCUACAAGUAUAGAGAAUACCGCUUUGGAACAAACAUAUGAUGACAAGCCUUUAAAGGUUAUUGCAGAUACUGCACUUAACGAAUCGUCCCUAACAAGCUCAUAUGAACGAACUUUUUAA